AUGAAAUUUCAGACUUCUGGUAGUCAUGUUUCACAAGCGAUUCUCACUGCCGCUCAGCCUUUCUAUCAUUCGCCUGGUGUUUCGCCGCAAGAAUUUCAGCCAGAUCGUCCGAUUGGCUAUGGUGCCUUUGGUGUGGUUUGGUCAGUGACAGAUCCGAGAAGUGGCAAACGUGUAGCGUUAAAAAAGAUGCCAAAUGUCUUUCAGAAUCUCGCUUCAUGUAAACGCGUCUUUCGUGAAAUACGCAUGCUUUCAAGCUUCAAACAUGACAAUGUAAGUUCGCCAUUUAUAUUCUCACUCGCCAUUUAUAUAAAUAUUCACUUAUUUCAUCGUAAACUUGUUCAUUUCUUCCCCAUAUGUGUAUCUAUUUGGUCUUUGUCCAGCUAG